AUGGCGCCUUCACCUUCGCACUCGUACGUCGAGAACCCGCGCACGUACAACAACCUCGCCUCAGCAUACAGCAAGCGCAAUGGGACCGCUACCACAGCAACCUCGUCUCGCACUGCGCUCGGCUCGGACGACGCGGUCCAGAAAGCGUAUGCGUCACGCGACUCGUCACAGCGCAUGCCGUCGCACUCCGGCCCUUCUGCACCGAUGCCGGGCGUACAGAGCCGCGUGUACGGUCUCACAGCUGAUCUGCGCGAGCAAAGCACUCCAACAGCAGCGAAUUCUCCGGCGCUGGACGAUGCGACGCGCAUGGCGAGACUGCUCAACGAGCAGAAACCCAACUUCAGCGUCGAAGUGUUUGCUUCUUCCUUCGACAACCGUGGCUACCCCGUCAUCUCGGGUCGAGCCGCUACGGUUCGCGGGAUCGUUCGUAUGCCCGCAGCUACGGGUUGCGAUGUCAUGAUGACCAUCUCUGCCCACACCACCUCCGGAUCACCCGCAGCCGUAUGGCAAGGAAUCGCAUUGGCACCGUAUUCCGCUGGAGGUGAAAAGACCGUCUUCGAAAUCAAAGACCGCCUCGUCGCAAACUACGACCUCGUCAAGCCGCGUGCUGCGUAUGCACCCAAGAACGAAGAGAUGAUGGAGCCACCGCAGCUGUCGAAGGACGAUCUAGUGCUGCCCAUCCCCUUCCAGGUGCAGUUGCCGUUGGGCAAAUCGACGCGCUUCAUCGAUGGCGAGAUGCAGGCUGUGCCCGUCUCGCUUCCGCCCAGCUUCGAGAUCAGCUCCAAGCACGCAGCGCAGGAGAGGCGAGACAUCCGCUUGGCGACAAAGGGCAAGGCAAAAGUGCCCAUGGCAAAGGAACUCCUCGAAAAGGGCUUCAGCAAGGUGUAUCGUAUCGGAUGCUACUACCAGGUCACCUGGACCUUGAUCCGUUCGAGCAAGGAAAAGUCGAAAAAGUCAUCCAGCAAGUCGGCAAAGGAACCUGCCGAGGGUGACUCGUUGACGCUUCCCUUCAUCUUCAUGGGCGAACCGACGAGCAUGCCUCCUCACCCACCGACGCUUCCCAGCACCAUCAGCCCGGAUGUGUUUUUGGAGCAAGACGUCACCCUUGGCGAUCAGUGGAGCGUACAUCGAUCGCAGGCAAAGUGGUCCGGAUCGUUGCUCAAGGCGUCUAGGAAGACGGUCGAUGUGGAGAUGCACCUUCCCAACCCACCUGUGCUGCAGGCGCCCUCGGUGCUUCCUGUGAUGGUGGUGUUGCGACCUACGGAUCCGACGCUGCUUAUGCAGGUGCGAACUCGAGCGCCGAGCGAGACGUCGACCGCACCAGGUUCCCCCGCUGUAGCGCAGGUGGAAGAUCCGAUCGAGAUGAUGUCUUCGCCUACCGCAACAUCGCGCGCAUCGACGGUUGCUGCAUCGCCUCCGCUGCAGCAGCAAUCGUACUACCGACCAUCGCAGCAAAAGGAUGCCGACACCGAGUCGAUCAAAACCACGCGCAGCAUCAUGUCCCGGUUCAUCAAGCCUUCCACGAGCCUGGCGCGCCUUCAAGCAUCACCCUCGCGUCGAGGUGGCUCUAGCAUCUUUAGCGGUCGACGACCCAACACCGCCCCUAGCUCUGGUAGCUCCGAUACGGGUUUCACCGAUGCCAUGACCGAUCGAACGUUUGUGACGGCGGGAGCACUUCCGGAUCUGGUCAGCUUGGUGUGCGUCUCGUUGAUCCAGACGACGUUCAGCAGCAACGACAAUAUCAACGAUGGACCUGAACACCGACGCAAGCUGCUCUCGGUAGCUGAUCUGGAAGAGGUGGACGUGCACGCGCUGCUGGUCAACUCGGACUCUUCGGGAAGCCAAGGCGGGUCUAGACCUGGAUCAAGCCGUUCGCCGGAGGAGAUGACGCAGAUCAACGAGGCCGUGUCGGCAGCGAGGGCGGCAGGUGUGCGUGUUCUGGUGGGCAACUUGAAGGUGGCAGGUGCAACGCCUCCGAGCUUCCGAUGUCACGGGCUGGAGGUCAAGUAUGCGCUCAAGGUGGAUCUGUUGCCGGCCAACAGGUACGGGGGCAGUGAAGGGGUGGAGAAGGCGAUGAAGAGUUUGGGUCUAGGAGGUCGAAGUCGUGGAUUCUCGGACGGUUCGAGUACCACAGCUUCGAUGCACACCCAGACGCAGUUCACGUCGCUUUCAGGUGGAAGCAGUCCACCGACUACACCGCCCAACGUCAUGUCACCUUCGUUGUUCGGCGGUCGAUCGCCACCAGAAGGCCCUGCCAAUAGAGCUUCACCGAUGCAAAACGUCGGCAUGGCCAUCUCGACCACGGACGAAUCAGCCGUUCCCGCCGAGGAAGUCAACAGGGCACCGUACCCAAGCGCCUUCCCCACGCAUCAGUACCUGCAACAACAGCCCGGAAGAGCCACGCCUUCGACCUACUCGGCUGCGUCUACCAGGACAGGCUGGGGUGGAAGUGGUUACAGCGAGGCGAGCGGUAUGCAGAGCAGUAUAUACAUGAGCGAGUGGGGCAGGGAUAGGAAGACGGUGAGCAAGAUCAACAAGACGAUCGGCGAGAUGUGGUUGGACAUCCGAGUCGUUAGGGGCUAUGGUGCGUACUAA